AUGGAUUCUAUGGAGAGCGCCUACACACCAUCAGAGGCCAAACCUUAUGACGAUGGGCCAUGCGCCAUUGAAAACAUCCACAACAAGGCCCACGACAUUUUCCCCAUUCCCUUCACUGGGAUAAAGUUGUUGAUUAACAGAGGCCUUUCACCUCAUUUCCAGGUCAGUCAUUCGUUAACACUUAGUAGUGGUGAAAGCGCUGGCUAUCGUUUUGGUGCUACUUAUGCAGGCCACAAUAAAAUCUCCGAAAAUGAGGCGUUCCCCGUUCUUAUGGGUGAACUUCAACCUAACGGUCAACUUCAGGCUCAAAUCGUUGAUCAACUCUCGCCUAUGUGUCGUGUUCGCUACCUGGCUCAGAUUCAGAAGUGCACAAUGGCUGGUCAACAGAUUUCCGGGGAAUUGCGUAGGGAAAAAUGGCAAUUUGGCGUCACUCUAAUCAACCCGGAUCUGAAUCGCGGUCAGAUGAUGCUAGCGGUAGAUACCAUGCGCAAGAUGUCAAAUCGAUUUUACAUGGGCUCCAUGUUCUUCUACCACCUCUCAUCCCAGCUACCCGGAGGUCAAGAUGGCGUCUGGAGUCUCGGAGGUAAAUAUGUCUCCGAUUUUUGGCAGUUUGCUGUUACCGCCCGGCCCUAUCAACUGGCCUUUCAUUCCAGUUUCCAUCUAAAAGUUAACGAAAAUCUUCAACUGGCUGCUGAGCUGGAAUCAAACUACCAACAGCAAUCAAACAUCUCCACCAUCGGUUAUCAGUAUGACCUUCCGAAGUCGAACGUCACCUUCAGAGCGCAGCUCGAUUCCAAUUGGAAUAUUGCAGCCAUGUUGGAAAAACGCCUUAUUCCCUUCCCCUUAACCUUCACGCUCACUGCUCUGGGAAAUAGCAUAGCCUCAAAGUACGAAGUGGGAGUCGGCUUAACAGUCGUCUAA